GAAACCUUAAAAACCCUAAACCGAACAAGCCCUGGCUUGUGUUCUUCCCGAUAUCUGUUUUUGACUUGUCGCAAUUUAUCUGUGUGUGUGUCCGUAUCUUUUCGAUUGUUUAUGUUUUUUUGAGAAUUUUGAUUAGUAUGGCUUUUCAUCUGGUUCACUAUUUGAGAAUUUUUUUUGACUAGGGUUUUUUUUAUCAUUUCAUCUGUCUCUGAGCUCUCUACGCAUCUAAAUGGAUUUUUUUUUUCCUUAUAUUUUGAUGGUGCAGAUCACUUGUGUUAAGAAAGAAAAAAUGGUGAGUAGAAAGAAGGAAGAAGAAAUAUGUGACCAAGUCCCACAUGAGGAAGAAGAAGAAGAUUUGAUAAGCAAGCUACCGGAAUCUUUGAUAUCUGAAAUACUUUAUCAUCUUCCUACAAGGGAUGCUGUGAGAACAAGUGCUUUAUCCACCAGAUGGAGAAAUCUUUGGCAAUCAGUUCCUACACUAGACUUAAGCUACUACAGAUUCGCACAGUUCCAUGCCUUUGAGAGUUUUGUUAAAAGGUUUCUUUGGUCCAACGACACGGAGUCACAGAUACGAAAACUCCGGUUACGUUUUGGUUAUCAUCAACGUUAUGAUAUGUGUCAUUGUGAUGUCACCUCAUGGAUUGACGCUGUGACUACUCGUAGGAUUCAGCAUCUCGAGGUUCACGGUUUUCGCGAUAGUUGGAUGCAUAUACCCAUACCCCAAAGUCUAUAUACAUGCGAGAAGCUAGUACACUUACGACUCUACGAGGUCGCCUUGCGUUAUGCUGAGUUUGUUUCCUUACCUUGCCUGAAGGUCAUGCAUUUACAAAAUAAUAAAUAUUACGAUGAGACCACGUUGCAGAGACUUAUCUCUGGCUGUCCAAUUCUAGAAGAUUUAACCAUCAUCACAUAUUCGGAGCUUAAGAAGCCAGAUGUUUUACAAGUGCGCUCUCAUACGCUAAAGAGAAUCCACAUAUAUCAUGACUUCCCCCUAGUUGUGAUUGAUGCACCUCUACUACAGUGUUUGAGGACUUCCGUCUCCUCACCAAAGAACCUCGAGAUCGUCAAUUUGAGUUCCUCUGCAAGACUAGAUAUUGAUUUCCCCUUUGACUGUGCGAGGUAUAGUAGCAGCAUGGUUCAUGACAUCCUCACCGAUGUAUCGAGUGUCAGGGAACUAGUUAUUAGCAAUGUUAUUUGGAAGGAAAUCUUUGAAUACUCGAAGUCGGGACCAGUGCUUCAGUUUUGUCACCUAUCGCGCUUGAAUGUUAAAUUUUCUAAAUCUGAUCUUGAAAUGUUGCCAACUCUUCUUGGGAGCUGCCCGAAGCUAGAAUUUUUCGUAUUGGAAUUGGUUACUGACAACCGAUUCAUGUGCCGUAACAAGAAGAACGUUGAACCAAAUUUUUCAACAGUACCUCAAUGUUUGGUAUCAUCGCUCAAGUAUGUGGAAUGGAAACGUCAGAUCCCAGGGUAUGAAGGAGAAGUGGAGCUAGUAAGAUACUUGUUGAAGAAUUCAAAAAUCUUGGAGAAGUUAAAGCUCGACGUUUACUAUACCGAAAUGGCUAAGUGUGCCUUCCUUCAAGAACUCCUUACAAUGCCAAGAUGCUCUACCGUUUGUGAAGUUCAUUGUUCAGUGAUUCCUAUAAAAAAAUAAAUAAUGUUGAAUAUUUCGUUUAAAAGGUUUAUCUUU